AUGCGGGCGUCCGGGAUUGCGGCAGCCGUAUGCGGCAGCAGGGCGGCAGCGCGGCCCCCCGCGGUGGCGCGCGGGGCGACUCGCAGGGCGGUGGCCCUGAGACCAUGCGUGCCUGCUCGCCUGGUCACCUCACGCAGGACGCGCGGCGCCCGGACCGUCGCGGCUGCUCCUGCUGAGAGUUCGCCCGGGCCCGCGGCGGACGCGGAGGCCGAGGACGCCAUGCGGCUCGCGUGGGCGUCCUUCCUGAUGCUCGUCGGCACGGAGAGCGACGACCGCGCGGAAAUCAAGGAGACGCUGAAGGAUUUCGCGAGCAACGUCGAGGAGCUGGUGCCCGACCUGGGUCUAGAGCUCCUGGACGGGCUCCUCGACGCCGCGGCGCCGCUCAAGGAGGUCCCGCGCCUCGCGGCCGCCCUCGAGCGCCUGGAGGGCUCCGGGGGACAGGAGUACGCCGAGGCGACGAAUGACCUGUGCAUGGUGCUGUAUGCGGCGGCGACGGCGCCCGCCGCGGACCGCGCGGAGGUCACGCCGGGCCUGACUGAGGCGGCGACGGCGGUGCUCGAGAAGGCGAUCGUGCUGGUCGAGGACGCGUUCGCGGAGGCGGAGGAGGACGAGGAGGACGAGGGGGGUGCCCGGGCUGAGGGGGGGGAGUAUGAGGAUGACGACGCCAUGGCGGACGUGGAGGACCUGUUCGACGAAGUGCAGGGCACGAACGAAGAGCUCAGCGAGGCGGAGGAGAUCGUGCGGCAGAUGGAGGAGUCCAACUCCGUGCUGGUGUCCCUGGGGACCAAGGGGCGGGUCGAGCCGACGCCGGUCGCUACCGCCCCCACCGUCGACAUGCCCCCCGGGGAGGAGUUCGUGGUGGUCAAGUCCGCACAGGCACCGGAGCGCGAGGCCGCGCCGGUCGCUGUGGACGUCGAGGCGCCCGAGGGCGGCGUGCGUGACGCAUUCGUCGCGUUUGUGUCCGCGCUGGCGACGGCCGGCCACUUCGGCGAGGGCGUCGUGCUGCAGGUGCCCGACGAAGGCGACGUCGAGAAAGCGCUCCCGCCCGGCGACCUCAAGCGCGGCGUGCUCGACUUCGCGCGCAGCCGCCCGGAGUUGUUUGUCGUUGUGCAGGGCGACGUGAGCACCAUCGCGCUCGCCGACAUCGACCGCUCCGACGCCGAUCGCAAGACACGCAACGCCCUGGAGCGCCUGACCGCGAGCUUGCCGGAGUCGUCAAGCAAGCUGCCGGCCGGGUUCGACGAAGACGUAUCCCUGCAGGACGUCCUGCGAGUCUGCAUGGCCCUGUCCCGCGCCGACACCGACGCCGAGCAGCCGGCAGCGGCCGCAGCUGCCAUGGCGAUGGCCAGGCUCACCACCCUCGUCGGGCAGGACACUCCGCAGCACGUCACGGACGCGUGGGAGGCGCGCACGGAGAGCAACAACCGCGCGGGCCUCAAGUCCGUAAUGUCAGCGUACCGCGCCGGGGAGCCCCUCGGCAGCGACGACGACUGGCAGGACGCCGACUCGACGCCCGAGGCGCUGGCCGCCGCGGCCCGCGACGCGGAGCUCGGGUUCGACGACGCCCUGGGGGGGUGGGGGGUCGCCGGGGGGGACAUUGGCGACAGCGCGGAGCUCGCGGGGCGGCUGCAGGCGCAGGGGCGGUCGGACGGCGGCGCGGAGGGUCCGGGCGCGGAGUGGGCGUGUCCGGAGUGCGGGACGCCGAACUUCGCGACGCGCACGGAGUGCCGCAAGUGCUACGCUGCGCGCGGCAACACGCCGGCGACGAUCGGCGACCCGUUCGCGACGCGGCCCGGGAAGGACGCGCCGAAGCCGGGGGACUGGGCGUGCGGGGAGUGCGGCGCGGUGAACUACUCGCGCCGCAAGGAAUGCUACAAGUGCGACGCACCCAAAACCAGUCUCUCUAUGGUGUACAACGAGGACCUCAAGCCCGGGGACUGGAUCUGCCCAGAGUGCUCGAACCACAACUUCGCGCACCGCGACGAGUGCCGCCGUUGCGGCGCGGACCGCCCCAGCAACGGAGAGAACGAAAUCUCGCAGUGGCACGGCGCUGAGCAAACGUUCCCCGCGCGCGGCCGCUCGCCUCGGCGCGAGCGCGCGCCGCGGCAGUUCGCCGAGGACGCGCCCGAGUGGCUGUGCACGGAUUGCGGCAUCCCGAACCGCGACAACCGGUCCUUCUGUCGCCGGUGCGACGCGCCCCGGGACCGCAACGCGCAGCUGGUGUACGGCGACGAGCCGCGCGGGGGCCCGGGCGAUCGCUUCGAGCGCGGGGGCCGGGGCGAUCGCUUCGAGCGCGGGGGCCGGGGCGAUCGCUUCGGGCGCGCGGACCGCGGCGGGCGCGGCGGGCGCGGCGACGCCCCGGACAGGCCUGAGUGGCUGUGCACGGAGUGUGGCAUCCCGAACCGCGACAACAGGCAUUACUGUCGUCGCUGCGACGCCCCGAGGGCCCCGAACGCCCAGGUCGUGUACGACGACGAGCCGCGCGGGGGCCGCGGGGGCCGGGGCGGGCGCUUUGAGCGUUCAGGGCGCGGCGGGCGCGGCGGGCGCGGUGCGCGCGGCGGGCGCGAUGAUCGGCGGAGCCGCUCGCUCGGCGGCCGCGACAGGCAGGGGCGGCCGCGGAGGGACAACAGGAGCGCGGGCCCGCCGUCGCGGGCGGGUGUGGACGACUGGUUUGGUGAUGCCGCGCCACGCGGGCGCGCCAGGGACGACACCGACAUCCUGACUGGACGCAAGCUGCGGGACUCCUCGCCCCCCGAAAUGCCCGAGUGGUAG